UUCUAAUUUGGCCAUCUCCGUGGUUGGUUUUCGUGUGUUUUAUUUGAGUGAGCGAGUAGGUGAACUCCAGCCAUCCUAAAAAAUUGCUUCUCCUCAGAAUCCUCGCUCUCCUUUGGCGUGUGAACAUAGCAGCAGCUGUCCCUCUCUUUUUGAAAACGAUUAUUCAAUUUCCUCCGAUACGUGAGGACAACACUUUCAAAUUUCAGUGAACACUAGUCUAGGAAGGGUCGGAAGUGGAAUUUCUUUUCUAAUUCACACUUCAAGGAGGUUAUAACAGUUCUCUUCUAGUCGUAGAAAAAUUUGGACCUAAAGAAGGCUGAUUAGGAUUCGUUUCGCUCGUUAUUAUAAACUUUCAAAUUCUUGUACGGUGAAGAGGGGACUGAAUUAAUUAGGAAAAAAAUCUUGUCUUUGUAAUUUGCAAUCAUUGAUCCCUCGGCUUCACUUAACUAUUAUUCCUCUACUGGACUUCUACAAAGGAUCCUCAGGUCUCGCACUUUGAAGCCCUUGCUCAACCUGUGUCUCAAUACUGUCGUCCGUUUGAUUGACCCUCGGAGUGUCGGAUUCGACUACAACCCCCAAAUCGUGGACUUCGAACAGAUUUACAGCAGCUCCUUCGAAGUAAAAGGAGUAAUCAUUGAAGCCAUGAAGAGAGCGAAGGACCGUUUGUUGGCGAAACGUUGCGAUCGAUGUCGAACAAACAAGCUCGCAUCGCAAGAGAAGUAUGCCUUCAAACCGUUCGAAUUUCAGGAACUCCUCGUGGAUUGUAUUAAGGGGCUGAAACCGCAUCAUUGUAUUGCACCGAAAGUGCCUGACCCUCGAUCGGGUCAUCGAGUAGUUUGUGAUGAUGGCAAUAUGUAUUCUUUCGGAGGCUACUUGGAAACCAGCAUAAACUCAAAUUGGCCACCGCAUCUUGCCCAUGGAUCCCAACGCCUAUUUCAAGAGUUGUGGUGCUACAACUUUGCUGAGGCCCAAUGGAUACGAUUACCAACGUUAGGAAAAGCUCCCAAGGAGCUCGCUUCUCAUUCUGCCGUCCUUCAUGGAAAUCAUUUGUUGGUGUUUGGGGGGACAGGGGUUCCUUUUGGAGGCUGUUCUUCUAAUAAGAUGAACAUUUGCGACCUCCGAAGUCUGGAAUGGAAAUGCUUAGAAACAACGGGGCAACCCCCAAUACCUCAAUAUGGACAGGCUGUUGUUUUGGAUCGCAAAAACAAAGAUUUUUAUGUGAUUGGAGGCACCACAGGUUACACGUACUCCAUGGACAUUCACAAACUGAACAUGAAUACGCUCGAAUGGGAAAAAUUGUUCGUAUCACGUGGGGAACUAGAUGAGCCGGAAUCUAGAUACCGACAUGAAGUAGCUUUUGACGGAGAAAAAAUCUUUAUCCUUGGCGGGGGAACGGCAGCUCAAGCGUACAAUUUGAAGCAAGUUCAUGCUUUCGACGUAAAAUCUAAACAGUGGAAAGCCCUAGCAACAAAACCCUACAACAAUCGGUAUCCGGCGGCUCGAAAAUGCCAAGGAAGCGUACAAAUUGGGGAUAAUGUAAUCAUCAACGGAGGAUACGAUAGUCGCACGAUUUUCAACGAUGUCUGGAUGCUGCAUCUGCCAACUAUGAAAUGGACUGAAUUGAUUGUCACGAUGCCCGUCCCAUUGUACUUUCAUUCAACUAGUGUUACUAACUCUGGGUGCAUGUACAUGUUUGGUGGAGUUGCUGACAUGCGUCUCAACACCCGAACAAACCAAGUUUUCAAAAUUUGGCUCAAGAUACCAAAAUUGAAGGAAAUAUGUUGGGAAGCAGUGCUGCAUUACAAUAAGAAGCUCCGCUCGAUGAGUCAUUCCGAACUGCUGAAGAUGGGAAUUCCGCAAGAAUUUGUAAACCUUGUCCACCCUGCUCCUCCUGAAGGUCCCUCCACCAGUCGACACUGGAUUUCAAACCUCAUGCAGUUACCUGAGUCUGGUAGUGGAAAGAUGGCGGACAUGGAAAUUGAACCUGCUUCGGUCGCAAUUGGCUAUUGAUAACCCGUAUUUACUAGAAAAAUCCCCACGCCCAAGCCUCACGUAUCAUCUAAAUUGUUGUCAUGUAACGUACGCAGAUACGAAUGAUUAAGUAGAAUUUCACAGUUAAACAGUACCAAUCUCCACAAGAACUGCAAGAAAUGUUGCUUGCUCAGCCUUUAUCGCAUACUGAAACAAGUACUCCAUCUUAUAUUUAUAAGUGAUAAUAUACUAGCUCAGCUCAAAGUACUAGAUUUUCCCAUCAAAAUUAUUCGCAUAAACUAUAUCUCUAUUUAUAUGCAUGUAUAUCCCAUCUGGCUAUGGAAAUUACUGGGCUGACUACAGUAUACUACGGUGUGAACUAAAAAUUUGUAUCAAUUGUAAUAAUUAGAUCUUUUAAGUGCAAUUUUAGUAAAUUGAAUAACGUAUCAAAUUAUUAGUAUUAUUAUAUUAUUGUAUUUUGAGUAUAAUCAAAAUAUACAAAUAAUAUGUUGUGCCCAAGGUUUGUAAAAGUUUUAAUGUUGUAUUCUUUUUGAUGUAAUGCGAUGAUGUAUUAUUUAUUUAUUUAUCAACAGCAUGGAUCUGGAAUGCUUAUAGUAUCAUAAUUAUCAAUUUAUUAGACUGUAGUUAAGCUUUAUUGGAUCUCGAAUUGAAGUAGGUAAUUACUAUAUUUCGAUUCCAGAUUGCUUAAAUUUCAAAAUAGCAGUAGUAGUACGGCAAACGUUGCCCACACUAAUUAAUUAUAGUUUCUCCUCAGACGAACUUAAUUAUUUAAUUAAAUAUAAUUGAUAAUGUUGUUUGGACAUGAAUUCCCAGGAGUAUUCCGUACUGUAAAUUCAGAAAGCUUGUUCCUAUCCGUUUCUCAGCUCUUCUAUAGUUCUUACAAAAAAAAGAUACUCCAGUUUCUUAAUGAGCGCACUAGCUUAUUUCACGGCUGCUAAGCUUUGACAUUGUUAUGACUUUAACGAUUAUAAAAUGUAUUCUUGCAACUUAACUUGCAAGUCUUGAAAGUUUCUGUACUUUUGGUGCAAUAAUGGAUAACUUAGCACUUACUUGUUAGUGACAAUUUAUUGAAUGAUGGGAAAACUAUUUUGUUAUGAACUAUGGAAAAACUGAACACGGAAAAGGCGUCGCAAAUGGGAGCAAGUCUCGACUGACUGCAAUUAAAACGUGAGUGUGAGUGUUCAUAGUUUACUUUACGAAAAUAAUCAAAUAACUUUAUAUAUAUCAUAUAACCGCAAGAUCUGUAUAAAAUUUGACGUUUUCAAAUGAUUAAAAUAAAUAAAACUUGAACGAUUGUCCAUCAA